AUGAAGGCUAGGGGUGUGCUUUUGGUGUCUCGAAUCCUCGUGAAAGACAUCAAGAAGGGACUUAGAAUGGGGUGCGAGGACGGGUGGCGGGGAGUGAGGGCCCGCGCAGCGCUGUCCCUUUCUCGUCGGGCAGGAGCGCCACGCCCCCGGGACCUCCACGGCGCCCCGCACUCCUCGGCGACCCUCUCCCCCGGGGCCGCCAUGCCCGCGUCCAGCCGCGAGAAGAGUCCUCGGGUCUCCAGGGUGCUUUCCAUGAUCUCCAGCGACGCGAAGAAGAGCCAUGGAGAAGCCAAGGAGACCAAGGUGGUGGAGGCGGAGGGAGACGGCGAGUCCCCCGCCCCGGCCACGUUCACCAAGACGCCCCGGAGUCCCAGGAUCAAGAAGAGCAAGAGGGGCAUCCUGCCGUACUUCCGGGAAUUGGUUACCAAAGAUACGGACGUACUUGACGUGCUGCUCUCCAAAGAACCCAGUGAAAGUGAAUGUGGUGUUGACGUUGAUGUGUCUAAAAGUAUUACAGACAGUGUUAGUGCGCCAGUGGAAGAGAGUGAAAAGUGUGAGACCGACAGUGAGUCAGAUAAGUGUGAUCCUGCGGACCUCGUGGACUUGAAGACUUACUCACUCAUACAUUCUCGUAUGGCCAAGUAUGAAUCUCCUCUGAAGAAAACUCAGAUAUACCAAAAAUCGUUUCUCCAUAACCGUUACGGCUCAACCCCCUCCGUGGAGACGCUCCCGGGCCGCGCGGGCGCCGGAGCCUCGUCCAGCUCCUCGGCGUCACCGGUGCCGUCCGCGCCCUCGCUGGCGGCCCUGCGCUCCCGCACCCUCGAGCCCGUGUCGCGCUCGUCGCAGGACCCCCUGGGGCGCGCGACGCUCUCCUCCUUGGCCAAGUCCAGCACGCUCGACACCGUGAAGGCCAGGUUCCAUAACCAUGUGAAUAACCUGACUUACGAGGGCAUGAAUUUUACCAGCGGCGAACCAAGCAACAUUGCGAGCAGUAGUAACAGCAGCAGCUGGAGUCUGGGCGGCAGGGGCUUCUCUUCGCCAUUCUCCAAGUUCUCUGCAUACAGCACAGAGAACCUGAAAGCCAUUGGAAAAGAUAAGGACAAGAAGCAUACCAAAAACACACUCUCCCAUGAACCAAAAGCCGUCGCGAAGUCUGGCGUGAAAAAGAUUCUGUUGCACAGUCGCUUAAAAGAUGACACUGCAACUGACACGAGUCCAGACCGGAAGGUGAAAGCCACUGGCUCUCUACCGGGGACCACGACCACGGUGGAACCCGUCAGCAGAAAUCUAGACUCCAUUACAAUAAUAUCAAACAAGAACGUGACUGCAAAGCUGAACAUCACGGUCGUCAAAACGCCCGAGACGGUGAGAAGAGGCUCCUUCAGAUUUACUCGAACUGGGGGAUUCAGGUCGUCACUCCGGGCGUCGCAGAGAAGGAGAAGAGAGCUGAGAAGUCCCCUGUCCUCAACCUCGUCUUCUCUCUCUACUUCCUCGUCUUCCCUGCCAACAUCCUCCACAACCACGACCACGACCACAACCGCAGAAGGAAAACCCAUCCCCGAAUAUGCUAAAGUCAACAAAAGAAAGAAUUCCAAACCAGACAUCGUUGAAGAGGAGAACUUCAGCAGACUGUCUCCUUCUCUCCCGCACGCCCACGAGUCCCCAGCAGAGAAGGCGCCCGUGGUCAAGAAAAUCGAAGCUGCUGCGUACAAAGCGCGGAAGGACUCUGACCCUUCCCUGAAGGUGAAUCCGGUCAAGAAAUCGGAGAGUUUCAAGGCGGGAGUGCGAGUGGGUCGGAGAAGCAGCCUCACCUAUGCGUCGCGAGCCAAGAUGAUGAAGGAGACUCUGGAGGGCGAGAGCUUUGUGAAGACUCAGGCUGUAAAGCUUCGGAGGAAAGAUUCAAAGAACGGGAGGCUGGACAUGAAGAAUGCGAGGAAGGCGGAAUAUCGACUGAGUGUGACGAUCAAACCCAGCACCGUGGCCACGCUGGCGAACAAGUUCAACACCAUCAUAUCUCAGAACCAAGCAGGGGCGCCGGCUGUCAAGUCUGAGCUUCCUCUCGGCCACGUGUCUGUACAGAAGGCAAGAAUGCAGAGGAGUCCUCAGACCAGCAUCAGACUGAAAAACAGAGUGAAGGCCACAAGGGCUGAGCCAGAAGCCAAGGAUCUACCCGAAGGGGCAAAGAAUGCUGCCAGGUCCUCGAGGUCGCCAUCGCCCAAGAAGUCGACGCAGGCCAAGAGCCCCGCGUCCCUCCUGGAGAAGCUGGGGGAUAACAAAACGGACGAGGAGAAGGUGUGUGAGAAGAUUAAGACGGCUCUGUCAUCAGGGAAAUUCAAGGGAGAAACAGACGACUCUGAGGACGAGGCGGCGGAGAAAAAGUCCACAGAUGAGGAGAAGUGUCGGAGUCGACUGCCUUCUCCCUCCCCUUCUACCUCCAAUGCAAGUGGCCUCAGGAAUGCCACUCAGCCCAGCACUGAACAACCUGCCACUUCUGCGGCAGACUCGGCAUCUGUUUCUGGCGCCCUCACACAGACCAGUUCAACCAUACCAAAGACCAAAAAUUCUUCUGAAAAGACAGAGAGGGACGCUGUCACAGAUGUUCUAGGACAGAUUCCUCAGCAGCCCAGUGAUAUUCUAACGGAGAUCGACCAGGUGUUUCCCUUACCUGAGAGGCAUGCCAAGUCGGACUCUAUGGACUCUGGCAUAUCUACUGAAGGAGAUCGACUCUCGGGGGCGGGGUCUCCCAACCUCCCCAGCACGUCCCUUGCCUCCACCUCCACUCCCUGCCUGCUCUCAUCUGGGGUUGAAGACUCGUCGCUGGAGACUGUCAUAUCGACGGACACUUUUAGGAGUGAAGAUAGCGCAGUGGUUGUAAAGAAUUCUGCAGAAGCGACGCAAGAGCCAGGCCCAAGCAGUGCGGCCCAGAUUACCACUGCAGAGCAGGAGAAAUCCCAAGGUACUGCAGCUGCAUCGAAAGGUGAAGAAGAGGAAAGCAAAGACGGAGCAGAACCUUUGGAAAAGGGGAUUAUCGAUGGCUUGGAGACGGAAGGGAAGCCAGGAAAUGAACAAGCUGACGCUGAGGGAGGGAAAGGAAGUCCCGAGGAAGACGCAGAAGAUAAGAACAUCGAGGCCGAUCUGCGGUCCAUCGCAAGCAGCAACAUGGACGACACUCACUCCGAGGUCAGCUCUGUGUGCUCGGAGGCCAAGUCAAAGAGGUCCACCAGCAGGGGCCAUGAGAGUCGCAUCUACACCGCCGUCAAAACCGCCGUCAAGAACACUGUCAAGAAAACCAAAGAAAAGGAUGCAGAGCGGAAAGAGGAGAGGGAGAGGGAGAGGAGGAACAGGUCCCCUUCAGCGGACAGGGAAAAGUGGUACCGAAGAGGAAGGUCAAGAGAGCAAACUUCGAGAGAAGAGCCAGGAACGUAA